GGUUCCCGGCAUACCCCUUGCCUCUGAAAUGAAUAUAGAAGCUUAUGAAGCCUGAAGCUAAAUUUGUGCCUCCAACUUCUUAAGUAUCACGGUUGGAUCAGCACUUGGCAAAGGUCUCCUUCCUCCAGCAGCCAGCUCCGGGACAAGUCCUAUGUCUCAUCGUAAGUUCUCAGCUCCCCGUCAUGGACAUCUUGGGUUCUUACCCCAUAAGCGAAGCAAACGUCACCGGGGUAAAGUGAAGACUUGGCCAAAAGAUGACCCUAGCAAACCUGUUCACCUUACAGCCUUCCUCGGCUACAAGGCUGGGAUGACCCACACUCUGCGGGAGAUCCACCGACCGGGACUUAAGGUUUCUAAGCGUGAAGAAGUAGAAGCAGUAACGAUCAUAGAAACCCCUCCACUGAUCAUGGUGGGGAUAGUGGGAUAUGUGGAGACUCCUCGAGGCUUGAAAGGUUUGAAGACCAUAUUUGCUGAGCACAUCAGUGAUGAAUGCAAGAGGCGCUUCUAUAGGAAUUGGUAUAAGAGCAAGAAGAAGGCCUUUACAAAGUAUUGCAAGAAAUGGCAGGAUGAACAAGGCAAGAAACAGCUUGAAAAAGACUUUGCUGCCAUGAAGAAAUACUGCAAGGUUAUCCGGGUUAUAGUGCAUACUCAGAUGAAACUCCUGCCCUUCCGGCAAAAGAAGGCACACGUCAUGGAGAUCCAGCUUAAUGGUGGGACCAUCUCUGAAAAGGUAGACUGGGCCCAUGAAAAACUGGAAAAGCAAAUACCAGUGAGCACCGUCUUCGGCCAGGAUGAGAUGAUCGAUGUAAUCGGUGUAACCAAGGGAAAGGGAAUGAAAGGUGUAACUUCACGUUGGCACACCAAGAAGUUACCUCGCAAAACACACAAGGGUUUACGUAAGAUAGCCUGCAUUGGAGCCUGGCACCCUGCUCGUGUUUCCUACACCAUAGCCCGAGCUGGACAGAAGGGCUACCACCAUCGUACAGAGAUCAACAAGAAGAUUUAUCGGAUUGGCAGAGGUAUCCACCUUGAGGAUGGAAAGGUUGUGAAGAACAAUGCAGCAACACAGUACGACAUCACAAACAAGUCCAUCACACCACUGGGAGGUUUCCCACAUUAUGGUCAAGUAAACAACGACUAUGUCAUGGUUAAGGGGUGUGUCGUAGGAAGCAAGAAGCGUGUCCUUACCCUCAGGAAGUCUUUGUUGGUCCACACAAGUCGUCGUGCCUUGGAGCCCAUUGAACUGAAAUUUAUCGACACCACAUCUAAAUUUGGCCAUGGAUGCUUCCAGACAGACCAGGAGAAGAGGGCUUUCCUGGGACCCCAGAAGAAGCAUCUGAUAAAAGAAAAACUGGAACCAUCAGGGGAGCUGUAGGCUUGGUGAUGCCAUUUUAUGUUUAAUUGGUCAAGGAAUGAUAAUAAAAAUGGCCUUAUGAA